GAUACAAGUUCCAGAUGCAACAACUUGUGUCAGCGUAGAACGUGCAACAGAGUCCCAUGCACCUAACAGUAUAAAGACUUGGAAGCAUUAGUGCUACCCAUCAGCCGCAUUAUUAAUACAUUGAUCUUCAUGAAGACUGGUGAUAAUAAUCAACAGGCCCCCCCAAGAACAUCUGGCGAGAUUAGUGGAAGUUUAUGUAGCGAGGCACUUCAUAUUAAUUCUCUGGAAAGUAGCCAUGAGGUCCGCAGCUAUUUUGACAUGGUGAAAGUGUUAUCAGAAGUAGAGCUUCCUUCUCCAUCACCCGUGCAAGCAACAUCAUGCACAUUAAGAAGAGAAGAUUAUUUCGAUAGGUUCCAUCAGGGCCAGUACUCUAGUGGCACAAAGAACAAGUCUGAUGAUAUUGAAGGAAACAUAAUUGAAAAGGAAAGGGAACUGAGGAGUAAGCAACGUGAUUGUCAACAAUCUGGAAGUGUAAGGGAAGCUGCCAAAUCAAACAUUACGGAGAAGAAGCGCAGGAAUAAAAUAAGUGAAAGAAUAAGAACACUCCAGACACCUGUUCCCAACUGCAACAAGAAACACAAAGCAAGUAUUCUAGGUGAUGCCAUUGAGUAUAUCAAAUUUCUGCAAAUGCAACUCCAGUGGACACACGAUCAUUCCCAUGGGGCCAACCAAGACAUGUUCUAUAUCCUCAACAGCUACAGUUUCCAUCACAGACAUCUCAGUCUGUGUAUUCUGCUACACCUUCUUCAGACACAAUUAUUCCAACAACUUCCUCCCAAGGUGGAUCCUCCGUCCCUGGUCAACCUUUAUAUCAUGUGCCAGUGACAAGUCAGGGGACAAAGUAGGAACAACAUGGAGUGCAAGCAAGUCCACAAAAUGCCAUGUUUCUAGGAACGUGGUUGAUGGUGUUCCAUUACUUACAUAUACUAAAGUUUAGAUUUUGUUGUUGUUAAAUUUACUAAUACUUUAGUUGUGUCAGUAUGCAAAAGAAACAAUGAAUAGCCUCUAUGAUCAUGUUUUUUCUGUCACAAAACCUUCCAUACAUGAUAUGUGCAUGACGAGUUGUUAAGAAAAAAGAACCAGGAUUUGUGAUGAUUGGAGAAUGUUUUGAACAUCUUGUGGUUCACCAUCCCUAGCUUUUAUGGUUCCUACUGUUUUUGAAAGGUAUGUUUUUUUCUUCUUUCCAUUGAAAUGGGUAGCUUUCAAAGUUUAUGCCCUCCAUCGAGACAAACCAUUAUUGUAAGUGUGGUAAUAUGCCUUCUAAAAUUGACAAGUUCUGUUUAGUUCAUGGGCUACUGUUUUUGAAAGGUAUGUUUUUUUCUUCUUUCCAUUGAAAUGGGUAGCUUUCAAAGUUUAUGCCCUCCAUCGAGACAAACCAUUAUUGUAAGUGUGGUAAUAUGCCUUCUAAAAUUGACAAGUUCUGUUUAGUUCAAGGGCUAUAUUCUCUGUCCAACAAUCUAGGUCUAAUAUGGGUAUUUCAAGUCUAAAAAGGGCACCCAUCUAAAAUGGAUGUUUGAGGUCUAAAAAUGGAUUAAAGUCUAAAAUAGGUGUUUGAGGUCUAAAAUAGACUUGUUCUUAAAAUGUAAAUGCUCCAUUCUUGAAAGGCCAAAUUUACCAAAUUGAUAAAACAUUUAUUCUUUUUAGCCUCAAUUGAAUGUCAUUUUCUGUAUUUAAAGAGAUCAAACAAAAAUCAAGAAUUCUUCUUCCCCUUUUGAUCGACAUUUGUAAGGUUUCAAUCAUUCAUCACCAAAUCAUUUUAGCUUAGUGUGAUCUCUUUGAUCAAGAAAGCUAAAAAAAACACUAUAAUAUUUUAGUGGAUUGGUUCUUGGUUUCCUCCGCCCAUGGUUUUUUCCCAAUUUGGGUUUUCCACUACAAGAAAUAUAGCCAUUACCGGCGACACUAAUUGCGCCGACAAAUUGAAAAGUCGCCGCUAAAGGUGUUGUUGUCGCUAUUUGUGUCGCCAGUAAUGCCUACUUACUCGAAUCUGCAUUUUCACGUUCUGUUAAACGCCAACCGUUCGAUCGUUUUUUUAAUCCAAUAGCUAGGAAACUCGUGGAACACACAAAACCAAUACCGGCGACACAAAGUCGCCGCUAAAGGUCGAAAAAAAUGUGCAUUCUUUUCCCUCUUCUCAAGUCGCACUAAAGAUUCGUGUCACCGAUAUUGAUUAAUAUGUCGCUGCUAUUGGAUGUCGCCGCAGAUUACACCCAAUCACUUCCUCUUUCUGCUUCAGUCUGCUCUCAUUUUGUUCCAUUCUCUUGAUCAUUUUCUCUGACGACUCUCCCUAGCUUGAUUCUCCCUCAAUUAACAACCCAUAGUAGAAGAGAUACUGGUGGCCACCAGAAACUUCCCUUCUCCGGCCACCAACGUUGUUGUUGCUGUCGAUUUCCUCCUCCAAGGUUCAUGUUUCAUUCCUCAUCUCUUCAUUUCUUUCUAUUUUAAUGUUGAUUUCCAUAAGUAUUUGUGAUUAAUUGCAAUUUUUUUCUCAAAAAGCUUUUUCCUUUCCAGCCACCGCCACUACCGUCGGCUGUUGUUAACAAUGAAAAAAACAAAUAAAGUAGGAUGCUAUUAUUAGCAAUGAAAAAAUAUAGUAAAUCACUACAAUAGAAAAAAAACAUAAUAUAAUUUUUUUAAAUACAAUGUUACAAUUGAAAAAAAAAAUAAAAACGAAUGUUAUAAAGAACAAAAAUAAUUAAAAAAAGUAUACAAUGUAUUCUGUAUUUGUAAUAGAAAGUGUAUUUGUAUAUCUUAUAAUUUUGUUGGAAAUGGUGUCGAUAUGAAUCUUAAUUUUGUACACCAAGGUUGUUGUUAUGGGUCGUGGACAUAGGGUUGAUGGAGCAGAGUAGGGGUGUAAGUGAGCCAAGCUACUCGUAAGCUACUCGGGAUCGACUCGUUAAAAGCUCAACUCGAGAUUGAAUUAAACGAACUCGAGCCGAGCUCGAGCCUAGAUAUGAGGCUCGUUUACUAAACGAGCUCGAGCCGAGCUUCAUUAAUGGGGCUCGCGAGCC